AUGCAGCGCCUAGCGGUGGGGGUGAUUCACCUGCCAGUAAUCGGAUAUGCCCUGUCUUUGUUCGGUUUUGAGGGGUUGUACCAGUUCAACCUCCGUGCCAUGUUUGGAGAGAAGAAUGUAGACGAGGCAACCCGCAACCUCAGCUAUGCCAUGCUACGCCACAAGGACGGUCACUUGGCCCAGUCAAAGAUAUUCCAUUACAUGAAGGAGCGUGAGUGGUACGAGGCUGCUUGGAUCGCUGCACUGAAUUCCACAUCUAUACCAGUUAUGUACGUGUUCGGCCCCGAGGACUGGUUCCACGUCAGAGCUGGAUUUGAGCGGUACCAGCGAGAAGUGCCACGGGCCAAGGUGGCUGAGCUGGCUCGUGGGAUUGGUCACACUCCGCUGUGGGAAGCCCCGCAGGCCGCCGUGGACGUGCACCGCGACUUUCUAGACAGCGUUCAGUGAUACGUGUGCUUUACCCACGCUGCUGAUCAACACUCCUCCAGCACUCUGCCGGUGGUUGGAGGGUAAAAUAGUUACGUGUCGUCCGUCUGCUCUGCCGGUUGUACAGGAGAAUUUACAGAGUGUGUACGGGCAGCAGCCACGUCUGUUGUUCGUGGAUGCCGCGUAAGUUUGGCGUGUGUGUGUGUGACAACAAACCUGUGAACUCCCGCUAAAAUAGGACAGCUACCAUUGCUUUUUUAAUAGAGGACGGCAACAGUAGAUACAUGUAAACUCCUGCAAUGGUGGGUUGUUUGAUGUAUUACUAUAAAGCCAAAUUCCUAAGCCACGGGGAGUGCUUUUUACAACACAGCUACUGUCCGUGUAAUAGUUUCGUACCUUAGGACAUAUCCAUUCUGUUCUGCUUGCCUUGAAGCAGACCCGGCUGUCGUAUCAUGACAAUCAAACACUGCUACCGGGCAUACUACACGCAGUGGUCAUCAUGUAUAAGAGGAAGGACCAACGUGUUACGAGUUAUGACUAACCGUUCACCAACUCGUAACGUUCUUGUCCUUCCUCUUGUACAUGACUCCUGUUGGCUCAGCAUCCGAGUUUAAAUAAACCCAUGUAGUAGUCAUGGAAUUAUGCAAUACACACCUGAUUAUUAAUUAGUAGCAUACCGGUAUGAUGAAUAUGUUAUCCCGAACAACACACACACACACACACACUGCUCACUACUACACUAGUUUUUACUCUACACAGCCGUAGAGUUGGACUAGUAGAGGCUUUUGCUUGCUGACCACGGCGCUUCAAUUUCAUACUACCCGUAUUGCCAUUUUCUGCGAAGGCCUGCCAUGCUGUCCUAAUUAAUUAUUUUAGUUUUUUUAAAGAAUUUCUUUGCACGUGCAUUCUAUUAGGAACUAGAAACAAUAAAGUGAAGCAAGUCACAUGUUCAUAGGCUGGCUUCCCAUUCCCCUUCUAUCAUGACAUUCAUGCGCAUCAUGGGCCAUGCAGAGUAGAACGAUGGAUUUUUUUAAAUAAUUCCAUCGUUCAAGUCGUUGCACAUUUAAAAAAUUUUGUGUGGAGUUACCAUGGUUACGGAGAACAAUGGAGGGUGCCUUCACUGUACAUUCAUUGACUAUGUUACCAUGGUCACCUUUUGCCUCAGGGUGGGCAUAAGACGUUAGGAAAAUGUUCGGAACUUCCCUAUUUGCUACGGUUUGGCGAUCGCCACUGAAAAGUUGCCAAGGAAAUGUUGAUGUCUUC